CCACCCUACUCAGUUUUUCCAUAACAAACGUACAUUCAAUACUCUAACAUUAUGCCUCGCAACGGAGAUGGAUCUAGCGACAAUGGCCCCAUUGAUGGCCACGAGAUCCUCCACGGUACCAGCGGAGAUAUCACACUCCAACACACCAAGCAUGUUGCACCAAUGCCAGAGGUUGAAGAAGGCGAAGCCCUUCCAGGAAUGAACGCAAGUGGAGGGGCUGCAGCACCCCUGAACAAUGCAGCUGAAGAGUUCGGCACCAACGCGCCACGGAAUGAGCAAUUCGGUGACGACGAUACCUCUGCGUCUACAACCAACAACGCCAAAGCCAGAGCCUCCUCAUCGUCGAGUGUUAGCAAGAACGCAAGCGUCAGCCAGCAAUCUGCAAGCGGAAAGACCACCUCCAGCAGCAGUACUAGCAAGUCCGGUCAAGACACCCACAGCUCGCACGAGAAGAAGGGCAAGCACGAACUCGAAGAUGUCAGCCGCGAGAAGGCCAAGCGAUACGUGAACAUGAAUGAAGAAGACGUACAACAUGCUGGCACACCCAACAGCAAGAACGAUGCUGAGCGAUCGAGCCAGCGCGCACCAAAGGAUGUGGGCCCAAAGGAGGACAUUGAGUUAUUGCAUGGGAAGGCCUCUCUGGAUGCAGAUGACAAGAGCAAGCAGAGCGGCGGAUCUAGAGCAAAGAGCGGCAGUGGAAAUGCAAGUGGCAACGACGGACAGAACAGUAAUGAUAACAAGGGAAGCAGUGGAAAGGGAGGAAAUGGAGCAGGACAUCAUGAAGAAGACCCCAUGAGGCAUAACGCCGAGAAGUUUGUCAAUCUUGAUGAGUAGACUUGUUGGCUUGCACGUGGAUGGGCUUCUAGACCCUCCAUUGUCGAACAUGUACAUGAGUCAUGCGCAAGACGGCAUUGCAAAAGUUUUGCUGUCCAUUCCGGUGGUUCUAUGUGAUUUUGCAACAGAGGCGAAAAAAGCACGUGAUUGAGAUAAAUACUGACAUCCAUUAAAUGAUGGUGAUCGUCAAAGA